AUGGCUGAUACAGUAGUUAGUUCUCAAUUACAACAACAGCCUGCGUCAAAUGGAGGUUCAAUAAUGUCUAAUUUACAACAGCAGCCUCAAAAUAAUGGCUUUGCUGAAAAUAGUUCAAUUAAUAAUACUAAUAACAACGCGAACAAUACUAAUCCAGUUAAUGCACAACAAAUGUCAACGGAACUAAAGCAAUUAGAUUUGAAUCAGAUGAACUCGUCAAAUAUUAAUGUUAAUGAUUUAGAACCCGAACAAUUUCGUAAAGUGUUUAUUGGUAGUUUAUCAUAUCGUAUGGAAGAUUCGGCAUUCAGAGACUAUUUUACUAAAUUUGGUGAUGUAUUAGAUUGUAUAAUUAUGCGUGACCGUGAUGGUCGUAGUCGUGGAUUUGGCUUUGUUACGUACUCCCAAUCAUCGAUGGUCGAUAAUUUAAUGCGUCAUCGGCCACAUGUGUUAGAUAAUCGUGAGAUUGAACCAAAACGAGCUGUACCACGAGAAGAAAGUUCAAAACCCGAAAUGCAAACGACAGCAAAAAAAUUGUAUUUAGGGGGUGUACGUGAACCAUUGCAAGAACAAGAUUUAAAAGAUUACUUUUCAAAAUAUGGAAAUAUCGUCGAUUGUGUGGUGAUGAAAGACAAAGAUGGCAAACAUCGUGGUUUUGAUGUACAAAAGGCAUUACCAAAAGAUCAAUCAGGCAGAAAUAAUCCACGCGGUGGUGGAGGCUACGGUGGAAAUAGACGAGGAAAUAUGGGUGGAAAUCAAGGUCCAAAUCGUGGAAAUAUGGGCGGUGAUAAUCAAGGAAAUUAUGGAGGAAAUAUGGGUGGUGGAGGUGGCUUUACGAACUUCGGUGGAUCGAAUAUGGGUAAUGAUGGAUUUGGUGCAUUUGGACCACAAGGAGGCAAUAAUUUUGGCGGUCCCCCACAACAGGGUGGUUUUGGGCAAGGAUAUGGACAAGGUCAAGGCGGUGGACCAAUGAGAGGACGAGGAGGGCCAAGAGGAGGCGGUGGACCAUAUGGAGGUGGAAAUAGAGGUGGUAGAGGAGGUCAAGGACGUGGCGGUAGUGGUGGACGGGGAGGACGUGGAGGACUAUAA